CCCGGCGAGGCGGCUCUGCUGGGGCCAGGGUGGGGAGGACACGAGGAGGCUGGCGCAGCGCCGGGGGGCCCGUGGCCCUGGGGGCCCACAGUCCAUGCCCAGGAACCCCCGAGUGAAUCGGAAUGAGCGCAGCCAUUGCCCAACCCAGACAGUAAAGAAGCUUCUGGAAGAACAGAGGCGCCGCCAGCAGCAGCCUGAUGCUGGUGGGGUACAGGGACCUUUCUCUCCUCCCCUGGCCCAGCCCCUGACCCCCGCCGUGAACGCAGUGAAUGAGGCUGAGGCUGGCCCUACUCACUUCCCAGCCUUCCAGGAAACUGCGAAUUCUGGAAUUGGCAGCCUGGCUCCCUCUACAGGCUUUCCAGUCUGGGACCCUACUGCCAUGCAUGGGGCCUACACAGACAGCUCCUGCUCUUACUCUGCGUCUGAUAACUUCCUGAUGUCUGAUUUCUACCCACCACCUGACCCAGCAAGGCCAGGCCCAGUUCCCCUGGUGAUGGAGGACCCCCUGGAUACUCGGCUCUAUGCAGAACCUUCCCUGCCACAGGCAGGAUCCUGGCGAGUAUCUGGGCUCCCCUCAGGACCCCCACAGUUGCCCCCUUCCACGGGGCCCUCCCUGGAUACCGCACGAGCUCACCUACUGGCUUUGGGACCUGAGCAGCUUCUGGCUCAGGAUGAGGAGGGAGACACACUCCUGCACCUGUUUGCUGCUCGAGGCCUGCGCUGGGCAGCCUAUGCUGCAGCAGAGAUUUUCCAGAUGUACAGGAACCUCGACAUCCGGGAACAUAAGGGCAAGACUCCUCUCCUUGUGGCUGCUGCUGCCAAUCAGCCUCUGAUUGUGGAGGAUCUCUUGAACCUGGGAGCCGGGCCUAAUGCUGCUGACUACCAGGGCCGUUCUGUCUUGCAUGUGGCUGCUACGUAUGGACUCCCAGGAGUCCUUUCGGCUGUGUUUAAGUCAGGCGUGCAGGUGGACCUGGAAGCCAGAGAUUUUGAGGGCCUCACCCCCCUCCACACAGCUGUCCUGGCUCUCAAUGCUGCUAUGCGUCCACCCAGCCUCUGUCCUCGGGUGCUGAGUGCCCAGGCCCGGGACAGGUUGACCUGUGUCCAGAUGUUGCUUCACAUGGGUGCCAACCAUGCCAGCCAGGAGAUCAAGAGCAACAAGACCGCUCUGCACCUGGCCGUGCAGGCUGCCAAUCCCACCUUGGUUCAGCUGCUGCUGGCACUGCCAAGGGUAGACCUGCAAGCCUUCGUCAACAUGAAGGCUCAUGGGAACACAGCCCUCCACAUGGCGGCUGCCCUGCCCCCUGGACCCCCCCAGGAGGCCAUUGUGCGGCACCUGUUGGCAGCUGGUGCUGACCCAACACUGCGUAACCUGGAGAACGAGCAGCCUAUCCACUUGCUGCGGCCUGGUCCGGGCCCUGAAGGGCUCCGGCAGCUGUUGAAGAGGAGCCGUGUGGCCCCCCAGGUUUGUCCUCUUAGGACUCAAACCCAGAACCUGGACUGAUUUUUCCAGUCCCCACCGUCCCGUGGGACAGCCAGCGUAUGCUAAUGUUGCAGAUCCGUGAUGUGUGUGGAGUGUCUUGCCAUUGGGGUCUUACAUUAAAACCCCCAAGUGGCUGCUGGGGGUGGGGGGGUGAACAGUCCCCAAUAUUUGGGGUGGUGUGAUCCCUCCUUCCCUCACAAAGGCUAUUUUUUAAUGAUUUCUGUGAAAUCGAGGCCCCUUGAUUGUUUCUGUGAAACACCCCGGAACCAUGGAACCUUCCAUCUACUUGGAUCCUUCAGGAUUCUUGCCCUAACAGCCCUUCAUAUCCAAACACCUUAAAUAUAAGCCCCUUUCCUGGGACUCAGAGAAUCAUGAUUCUAGCCCAGUGGGUUUCUUCUGAUGACCCUAGACCUACACCCCUGAGGUGUCAAGACCUUUCCUACACAGAGAGCUAGGGAGUCCCUGCCCCAGACUGCAGAGACCCCAACAAACCCUCUGCUAGUCCAUCCUGAGUCUCCCUAUUAAACUCUUGUGAGAGCCAG